AGCCGAGAAAAAAUAACACUGCAAAAGAAAAAGAAGAAGAAAAACAAGUGUCUUGGCGUUUCUUCAUCAAUAAUCCCUCCUCUCCCUAUGAAGGGAGGAGGAGAUGGCUGGGUGUCAGGGCCUUCUUCAUUGUUCUCCUCCUUCUCCUCCUCUUCAUCUUUUCAACGAGCACAAACAAAGCUAGCAGAAACACCAACAAUAGCUUCUUCAAUGUUGCAUUGAUGAGUGCUUCAGAGGGAGCAUAAAUAGAGAGCAAGGCAAAGCUCAUCCAGCAUUCCAGCCCAGUGUUCUCAUCCUAGUAUACAUACCACAAAGAUCCUUCCCUGUCCACCUUCUUUCUUUGCACUCCUCCUACUUCUGCCUGCUGCUAUUCUCUUGGCUAUCUUUAGCCCCUCUCUCGUGUUUCCUUUCAUUCCAUUCCAUUCCAUUCACUAGAUCUUCUCAUUGCCUGCCAUGGAAUCCUCCCAUAUCACUGGGGAUGAUGGCGAGGGCUGCAACAGCUGCGAGUCCGGGUGGACAAUGUACCUGGCCUCCCCCAUGCAAGGCGAUGACGACGAUGGCGCCAAGGGAAGUGGCAGCGAUGGGAGCAAUGUCGAUGAUGGCUAUGGCUACAGGUACAUCGUCCAUGGCAGGAAAGGAGGCAAGGAGUACCAUGAUGAUGGCGAUGACAACGACUCCCUCGCCUCCGAUGCUUCCACUGGACCAGCCAAGGACAAGGUGCAGCCCUCCUCGCCUGACGGCAAAGAAGCCCCGGGCCAUCGAAAGUACGGUGCCGCCGCCGACGACGACAAGGACGACGAGAAGCCAGAGGAGGAAGAUGACACGCGCACCAGGUUCUCGACGAGCUCCCGAAAGAAAGCCGCUAGCAAGACGGAGAAAGGCGGCGAGGGGAAGUCAUCCAAGCGUGGCCAUGGCAAGAAGGGAAGCUCCUCAAGGACAAGCUUCUUUUGGUAAAUCAAAUGCUUCAGAAUCGUUUACUCUGUAGUCUGUAGUCUGUACUAGCAAAUUCAUAGCAAUAUGCAUGUAUUCUGCCUUAUGCAUCGAUCGAUCUUUUCCAUUUCUUGUUAAGAUGAAAUGUUAGGAGCAUUGGAGAAGAGGAAGGAAGGCUUUUUUGGGUCCUCAGUUUUGCCUUCCAUAGUGUUCUCCCAUGGUUGACCACCACCACCCAAGUCUAGUAGGGUUAACUGU